AUGCGUAGAUUGGCAACAAAACCGUGGCUGAAUCUCGACACUAACGCACUUAAUCCAAUAAUUGUUCCCAAAGACGCCGCUCUUAAGGAUGGUAGCCCCUUAUCAAUAGCGCAAGCGACAAAGAGUAGUGAGAGUGUUAAUGUACAUCUCUUACAUCAACUCAGUUCAUCUGCUGAUGAUGUGCCGGACUGCACACCAGUUAUACACUGUGAACAAAAUGACUUCACCUAUACAAGUAUACCUUUAAAUAUUGAUGUUGUUGUCAUGACGACCAAAACCACUCCAGUUUCCCAGUUACCCAGGUUGUUUUCCAAGGGUAUAUCAAAUCAGCUCAUUGCAAUGGAAGAUUGUAUGUUGACGUACUACCAGAAUGAAAAGUUUCACAUUCCGGAGUCAUAUCACUUCAGUAUUCCUGGUUUUCAACAUCUUCUUAAUGUUGUUUAUCCAAGAGAUAAAUCAGAAGAAGAACUUGAAUCGCAUCGUAGAAAUCUUCACACUAAGCUUGUCAUACCAUUGGACAAACCAUUAUUACGGCGAACUAGAAGAUACGUAUUUACUGAGGAAAGAAACAAGGAAGGUUACCUAACAAACACACACAUAGGACUACCACAGUCUGGAGAUGGACAGAUGUACAUAGUGAGUGGUGUGUAUUCCUACCAUCAUUACAUGCAGGAUCGUAUCGAUGACAACGGAUGGGGAUGUGCUUAUAGAUCCUUACAGACGAUAUGCUCAUGGUUUCGACAUCAGGGUUAUGUCGACAGACCGGUACCUACGCAUAAGGAAAUACAGCAGGCAUUGGUAGAUGUUGGUGAUAAACCAAGUAAAUUUGUUGGUAGUAGACAAUGGAUUGGUUCCAUAGAAGUCAGCACAUGUCUUGAUCAACUACUUGGGGUUACAAGUAAAAUUAUGUUUGUAAACAAUGGUACUGAUUUGGGUAACAAGGGACGAGAGCUAGCUGUACAUUUCCAGACACAGGGUACACCAAUAAUGAUUGGCGGUGGAGUGCUGGCCCAUACAAUACUGGGAGUUGAUUUCAAUGAGGUCACAGGUCAAGUCAAGUUUUUAAUAUUAGACCCCCAUUAUACCGGUGGUGAAGAUUUGAAAGUCAUUCAAGAUAAGGGCUGGUGUGGAUGGAAGAGUGAAGAAUUCUGGGAUAAAACUGCGUAUUACAAUCUAUGUAUGCCACAGAGACCUCAUGUGAUAUAAACUACCAUCAUGCAACACUGCACAUUAUUCUUAUGAUCAUGAUUAAAUAAUUUAUUAUGUAUCUAUUUUGUUUUCAUUCAAUAAAGUUCCAGAUCAAAUGAAAUGAAA